AAGAUCUUUAACUUUGAAAUCGGUGUUGACUCCAGGCUCACCAUCUCUUUCAAUCGCAGACGACAAAUCACUGAUAAAUUAUCAUAUUUUCUGUGAUUGUGGUUGGACAACGAGAUUGACCAUGGCAAAAGGUAAAGGUCAUAAGCGUGGCAGGAAAGCUAAGAAGGUUACUGAUCUCGCAAAUGUAUCAUCACCCCAGCAUAGCUCAGAGAAGAUUACAAAAUAUAUGUCAAGUCCUACAGCCAAUUCAGGAGCUUCUACUACAAUGGUUGUUGUUGAGAAAGACAAAUCUUCCCCAGCACAAAAGGAUCUGCUAUCAGGCCUUGUUACACCAGAAAGUACCCCUACUAAGUCACCCGAUGCCCAUGAUCAGGACAACUCCCCAUCUCCUAAUGGUACACUGGUCUACCCACUGGAGCCUGAUUCUCCUGCAGGAGCCAUAGCAGGAGCAGAUGGAGGAGGGGAUGCAUCCAGACAAGGAACAAGAGCUUCCAGGAUAGUUCAUGUUAAGCCUGAGGGAGAUGUGCAAUCAACUGAAGUGAUUGAUACACCUACCAGACACAAGAUGCAGUUAAAUAAAGGAAGUCAUAGAACGGUGAAGACAUGUAAGAAUGUUGAUGUUCCUCGGUCAUUCAAUGGUCAACUUGAAGAUAAAGCCAGUCCAAAGAAUGCUCCUAAGGGCCAGGGUAAAGGCAGGAAGAAAGGAAAGUCAGCUGUAGAUUGCAACAAUAAACCCUCAUCUAAAUCAAAAACAAAGAGUGGACCAGUCAUGAAGACAUUGACAGAUUUCUUUCCUGUUCGGAGGAGUGAUAGAAGGUGCAAAUCAGUAGUAGAUGCUGAAAGGAAAAUGGAACUUGAAGAGGCUAUCUUAUCACAUAGAGAGGAAGGCAUCAAGGUUGAAGAGAUUACUGGUAAGGGUAGAGGUGUUAUAUCUACCAAACCAUUCAGAAGAGGUGACUUUGUAGUGGAGUACUAUGGUGAUCUCAUUGACAUCAAGGCUGCUAAGGAUAGAGAGCAGAAAUACAAGGCUGAUCCAAACAUUGGCUGCUACAUGUACUACUUUGAACACAAAAAUAGAAGCUAUUGUGUGGAUGCUACGGCAGAGUCUGGUCGUCUUGGUCGACUUCUUAACCACAGCCGUCAAGGAAAUUGCUGCACAAAAUUAGUAGACAUUGACGGGCGCCCUCAUCUCAUCUUAAUUGCCAAACAAGACAUUGGUGUCAAUGAGGAGUUAUUAUAUGAUUAUGGAGACAGGAACAAAGAGACGAUUGAUUCACAUCCUUGGCUGGUUUUAUGAUCUUCAAUCAUUGAAGAUACUUCAAUUCCAUCAUUGAACUCUUGUGCCAAUAAACAUGGAAACUCCUAUGGAUUUUGCUAUUAUUGCUGCUGAAAUUAUUAAUUUAAUUAGACUCUUCUGUGGGCAGUGACUCUCGGUGAACCAGAGUAGUAUUAUAUGACUCAAUAGCAAUUUUUUAAAAGAUGUUUUGUUCUUCAGGAAUAUAGUGUAUGUCUGAAUUUGAUUGAUUGAGUUGUUCUCCAUCGAAUGCAACGGUGGCAUUUGAAAUGAAAUAUGACUUGAUUGAAUUUGUUCACCAGUUUUUGUCUCUAUUUCCAACGAAACGGUGGACCUAUUUUGUGAAACUUGGACAUCAGGGUAAUUGAAUAUCACUUAUGGUAUUGCACAAGUCUUAGGUCUCAUGACCAUGAUCAAACUUCAUUUAUGGUCAAUAAAAUUUUUAUCAUUAUAUGAAUGUUUUUGUGAAUAGUUAUUCGUUGUUUUCGAAGUUAGCACUGCUGCACUAUUGAAUCGCGAAUGCAGGCAAGACUGCCAGAGGCUUUGUACUUGUCUGUAUUUUUUGUUCAAAGUUUAUCUCAGUAAAAUUAUAGCCCAUGAUAACUUUAUCAGAACAUUGUUAACUCUAACUGAGAAGCUCAAAUAUAAAUGUUCAGUGUGGUUUAAAUGCCAUCUUCAUCUUAAUCCAUGAGUUACUAAAUCUGCAUACCAGUAUACGUUGCCUGAGGUCUUUUAGAAAUAUGCUAAAAAUAACUUAAAAUAACUUAAAUCUAAUCUAUCUUGGUUCCCUACUAGAUGUAAACUUGAAAAAUAGGUAGGUAACACUUUGGCGACUAAAAAAAUCUCUUGCACAGAUGUAACAGUAAAAUGAUGCUCAAGAAAUUACGCAGAAUUGGAAUUGUCUUUUUAUUUACAUGGCAUCAUGUUGCUUUAAAAACUAUGUUAAAAAAUCCCAGAUGUUAGAAUUCUGUCAAAAUGAUUGAGGAAACUAUGUUACAAUCAAUGUCAUGUCAAUACUGGGAAAUAUAUAUUUUUGUCUUCUAGGUAUAUGAUCUUUUUUUAAGAGGAAAAUGUUGGUGGUGGUUAUCCUUUUUUUAAAUAUUUGUCUUUGUUGGUGCUACUGGUAAUUGAUUAAUUGUAUUUUUCUGCCGAAUACUGGACGUUUAUUACGUGUGUAAGUUUUAGGACCAUAGUUGUGCUCAUGUAAAGCCCCACACUCACUACACAAUCUGUUGUGAUUCAAUUUUAGGUAAAACAAAAAAUUAACCUAGCAUUUGAUCUUCUGAAAGAUGGUAUAAUUACUGAAUCCAAAAACCUCAGUUAAUUGUGAGCCUCCCUGUAGGAGUAAAAGUGAGACAAAUUUCAAAUCUUAGUGACAUAGCAAUUUUGCAAUUGGCUGCGAAUUGGAGCCAAUUUGGACUUCACUCCGACCAAAAGGCCUGCAGUUGAGCACAAUUUUGAUUUUUAAUUUCAAGCAUUGUUAUGAAACUCAAAUUAGAUUGUAUUACUUUUUAAAACUUUUCUUAACUUUCAUAUUUAGUGGGAAUUGUGAUUUGUUAAAAAAUGUGGUCCUACAGUAUUUGGAUCGUAUAGUGUGCUACGGCUUAACUCUUUUUAUAAAUUAAUAAGUUGAAUAUUGCAAUUCUUAGUCAGCAGGGGUGUACAAAUUUUUGUGAAGGUUUUGGGGUUACUAGUCCACCUCUUCCCACCCUUGCCAAAUUGCCAAACAGACUUGAAUAAUUUUGAAAUGAAUUGAAAUUAUUGAACUUAGCCCAAUUUGACUGUUAAUGAAUUGCUUUUGAAAGUUUUGUACACAGUUUGGAUGGUGGACUCAAUGGUUGGUUAAGUUUUAUGUUAAUUUAAUUUGUGGUUGUAAAUAAUGUUUUUGUAAGUAUUGUACAGUUUUUAUGUCAAUAUGUGAUAUAAAGUCAAUUGCAGACAUUCCA